ACCGUGACAUUGAUUGGGCUGCUGCUGCUGGUGGUGGUUUUGUGUGUUUGUGACCUCAUUCGUCUCUCAAGCCAUCAUUAUCAAGCGUUCGCGGCAAAGUGCGCUGGACACUCUGCGUCGUUGCAGAAGAGGCCACACAGUUCAGCACCGAAGCUGCCGAAUCGUCUGCGUCUGGUGGUUAAGUUUGAAAAUGUAAAUUAAAUUUGCAUACCAUUUGCCUGUUUGAAGUAAAGACGCGAACGGCGGCGUGUGCGUGUGUUGAUUGUACACAACCAACCUUACAUAAGGCUCAGGAAGAAGGACAAGACGGACAGGCGAGCUGUACGAUACAAAAACAAACAAAUCGUUUAUCGAUCAGGAUCGCAUCGCAGCUAGGAACUUGAUUUGGGGUGCAGCUUGUUUGUUGUGUGUGCGUGGUGUGGUGUACCUUCGUGGAAUGAAUCCCGUGUUUCGUCAGCUCUUUGCAGCUCUGUCGAGUGCUGGCUUGAGAGGGAUUAAUGUGCAAUCGAGGCAGCUUCAACGACCGAUCGCCACAGCCUGCAGGGCAGUCACGUCCCAGACCAAUCGAAACUAUUGCUGCUUUGAGAUGAAACCGAAGGUGUACGUGACCCGGAACGAUUACGCCCGUAUUGGGUUGGAUCUGUUAAGAGAAGAAUGUGAUAUUUCACUCUGGGACGAAGCGUAUCCUGUGCCGCGGGACGAGUUCCUCAAAAAUGUGGCCGGCAAGGAUGCGAUCUACUGUUCGCUGAACGAUCGUAUCGACAAAGAGUUGCUCGAUCAGGCAGGGCCCAACCUUAAGGUCAUCUCUACCAUCUCAGUUGGCUACGAUCAUAUCGAUGUGAAGGAAUGCAAACAGCGAGGAAUCCGCAUUGGGUACACGCCGGACGUACUAACCGAUGCCACGGCCGAGCUGACGGUCGCACUGCUGCUCGCAACGGCGCGCCGUUUAUUCGAGGCCAACAAACAGGUACAUACGGGCGGCUGGAAAUCGUGGUCUCCGAUGUGGAUGUGUGGCAAGGGCGUGAAAGGUUCUACCGUGGGCAUCUUUGGUUUCGGUCGCAUUGGGCAAGAGGUGGCAAAGCGCUUGGCACCGUUCAAACCGUCCCGGAUUCAGUUCACAAGCCGUACGGACAAGUUUCUCACGGCGGAAGAUUUGGGCGUCACGCAGGUUCCGUUCGACGAGUUGAUUGAAACGAGUGAUUUCCUCAUAAUUGCCUGCUCGUACAACAUAGAAACGGCCAAUCUGUUCAACGAUGCAGUGUUUUCGCGCAUGAAACCAUCGGCAAUCUUAAUCAACACCAGCCGCGGCGGUGUGGUAGAGCAGCACGAUCUGAUUCAUGCGCUGCGUGCGGGUAAAAUACAGGCGGCAGGGCUGGACGUGACCACACCGGAACCUCUCCCCCUAGACAAUCCAUUGCUUACGCUACCGAACGUUGUGGUGCUGCCUCACAUAGGCAGUGCGGACAUUGAAACGCGUAUCGAAAUGUCGCGCAUCACUGCUUGCAAUAUUCUGGCCGGUUUGAAGGGUGUGAAGAUGCUUUCGGAAGUUUAGUUGCGCGAGCCGGGGCGCGAUGCGAUUGUUAAUAUUCGUUGCUCGCAAAUAAAAUGUCCAUAUUGACCGAUUUUCACUUAA